CAGAAUCCGAACCCAAUUUUCAGUUUUUACUUUCAUUAUCACUGAAUGCAAAAAUCAAACGACUCAAUCUCCACCAAAGACCUUGGUUGUUCACAUAUUUCUUCGUUAAACCCUAUUUCAUAAAUAUGAAAACCCAAAUAAAAGACUACGUAGACGGGAUGUGGUAGCUCGUUUGGUAAGGACCUUGGGAGCCAAUUGUCAUGCUCUCGGAUUCGACGCCAGGCGGAGGGGAACUGCCCAUCUUGUCAUCAAAUGCGGUACUGGGUGUUGGGCCUUGUCCCCAGCCCAGGUAUAGCCCUCCCGGGUGAAGUGGACCGCUGCAUAACCGGGCCCAGGGAAUGACCCACGUAAGUGGGGAACCCGGAUUAUCAAAAAAAAAAAAAAAAAAAAAAAAUAAAAGACUACGUACGCAACAGUAAGAGGAAUUCAUAGAAAAAAACAUUGUUAAACAUUUCUACCUAAAAAAACUUUUCUAGCUAUCUAUUACAAAGUACGAACAUAUCUCGUACAUGGUUUUCAUGCUUUGGAGAUUUGUAUAUACUUCCCCCCUGUUCCACAAAGAUAAACUUUUGGUAUUUUCACACGUAUUAAGAAAACACAUUAAAUUACCAUAAUAAAUGUAUCGUUUUUUGUAAUUGUCAAUUUUCAAUAAGUUUUAACCAAUAAUAAUUUAAUAAAGUCAAUUAAUUUUUUUGAAGCGUACAAUUUUUUCAAAGAAAACACAAAAAUACAUCUCUGUGAAAUAAACUUUUUUUCUAAAAAAUCUGUUUUAAUGGAACGGAACGAGUAGUUUUAACUGUCAGACAAAAAGACAUCCAUUAAGUGUGUGGUGUAAUUUGAUAGUAUAGGAAACACCAACAAAAUUUAAGUUACCAAUGUUUUAAGUGAACUCUUAACACUUAGAGCAUCUUUAUCGCUGGGCUCUUAAGUGGGUUGUUAUGGUAAUUGUAAUUAAAGAAAAAUCAAAAACAUAAAAAAGUUAGAAAGAGAAGUUGCAAAGGUUCUUAUUUUGCUACGAUAGUAAACGUCUCUAACCCAGUUCUUCCACCUGUCAAGGUAUGUGUAGCUUAGACAUUUUAUUUAUAUUUAAAUUUUUUUGCUUAAACAUAAUCAACUAAAAUAAUAAUAUUUUGUUAUUUAGAAUAAAAUUAAGAGACCUAUUUAGAAGAUGUAGGAUAAUGAUGCUCUUAAAAGACACAAAUUGGAGUACUUUAACAAAAGAAAAGUUUGGAGUAAGAGGGUUGAUGAAAAAAGAGUAAAAAUAUAGUGGAGGGAUAGACUUUGAGGCAGUAAAUAGUGUGCAUCAUUAUUAUGAGUUGGUGCAUUUAAUACCUUGAAGUGUGCAUCUGUUAUUCACACGGAAUUAUAGCAACUCUAAUUCCAUUUUGUGGGAGUUUGUUCCUUGUUUUCUCGAAAUUAAAAGGAAAUGAUUUAUGUGAAAGUUCUUUGUAAACGAAAGUAAAGAUAUUUGUCAAAGCAAAAUUGUCGAGAAUAUUUAACAUACAAAAAAAAAUGUCAAGAAGAAUAAAGGAUAAUAUGCAGGCCGUGGGAGUAAUGAGUGCAACAUAUAGCAUGCCCGGUCCGGAGCACAAACAAAGGAACCGGCUGUUUAGGACAUCCCAAUUAUUUUACAAAAAUUUAGUUGUAUAUAGGAUUUUAAAAAAAAAUUAUACGAAGAACAUAAAUUUGUAUUUUUGAGUAGGACAUUACAAGUUUUUUCUAAAAGUUAGACCGGCCCUACAUAGGAAAGAAGUUUUAACUCUCAUUACUAAUCUGUAAUGUUUUCAAAUUGAUUAGUAAUAUAAACUGGCUAUCUCUAGAAAAAAGAGAAGAGAUUGACUCUUUUUAAACCCAAAGAUUUACCCUUCUUUUAAUGAGCCCUAGAGAGUUAAUUUAGACGUCUUACCCUUAUUAAUGCUUUUUACCCUGUGCUUUGGAUUCUGUAAUCCACUCCCCUCUAGGGGACUAGUAAAUGGACCCAUCAACUGAAAGUUGUCUUGUACCGUCCGUCGCAUGAACCAAAAGUGAGAAAAUUGUUAAAAAUGUUAAUAACUUAAUAUAAUUCGCCAUAUUGUACUAAUAAAUAUUAUGAACAAGACGUUUUCUCCGUUUCUUCGGAUGUGUUCCGGAUGUGUUCCGUAACUUCGGAUUUAUUAACGUUACAAUUGAUAAUUUUAAUAGUUUUCUUGUUAAGUAACGGUUGUAGUGAUCACGGAUCAACGUGACGACAUCACGUGCAUGGUACUCACGCAAGAUUUUUCUUUUAUUACAACUCACACAAUGUAUCAUGUUUAGUUUGUAUACUGAUCAAUUAUUUUUUCUGUCAGAUUUCAACGUUUAUAUAGCUAAUUAAUAUUAAAUUUCUAGUCACGCAUAUGAUGAAAUUGAUUUUCAGUCUCAGAUAAAAAAUGUAGUGACUAUUCGACUUUUAAAUUCGAUAUAUAGUGUUUUAAAACCCGACAUAUAGUUUAGAUUCAAAUAUCUUAUUCUGCCCUCGAGAAUGAGCUUGGUGCUAACAAAACGAGUACGAGUACCAACUUGGUUGUAAGUCAAAAAUGAAGUAAGCUAAACUCGUUAUUCGUCCAGCACUAUUGUUUUUAAGAAAAUACUCAUUAAAAUUGGUAGAAAAAUAUGCAGCGGGUAGUGGUAAUUAUUUUUAUUUCUGUUAGCUUUUGUUAUAUUUUAAUUGAUAUUUUUGGGUCACACUGCAUAUAUUGCCAACGUCAUUACGUCAACGUUUAUUUAUCCGUAAAAAAGCUGAAAAAGAAACGGAAAUGGUAGGCGCAAAGGUGAACCCCGUUGAAAAGUUGCUAACUAUUUUUGGUGAGAAACCAAACGAAAUAAAGAGCUCGAGAAACAAAACUAUUCACUGUCGUUUUUACAAACAAAAAUGAGUUUAUUUUUCCGAGAAAGCCGCAGAUAUAUUUUCUUUUCUCAUCUGCUUUCUUUUUGUUAUAGUCUCUGUCUUCCUUGAUUACCUAUUUUAUGUAGUCUUUUUAAUUAAUUCCCAAUCCUAUCGUCUUCUCUUAUUUCAUCACAACCCAUCUAGGGUUUUACUUUUAUGUAGUCUUUUUAACCAAUCUGUGUCUCUCUCUCUCUCUCCAAUAAAUAUACUUCCACCUUCCCCCUCUCACAUCACUGAACCAUUAUAUUUACAAAACCCUCUUGUGUAUCUCUCCAUCCUUGUGGUGAAUACAAAUAGAAGAACGGAAAACAAACUGAAUCUUAAUUUUUCUGUUCUUUUCCUUUCACGAGGGUUUGGCAAAGAGUUUCUUACAGAUUUCUUUGGCAUUCUGUCCACCUCCUUUUGUAUAUAAAUGUAUGUAUAUCGGUUGUGUGUGAAAGAAGGAGGUGGUCAUACUGCCAGUAGACAUCUGUUAGGGUUUCUUUGUAAAACCCUCUUGAUAUACAUAUCUUUCAAUGUUUGGAAUCUGGUAAGCUUGAUCUGUCACUUAUAGCGAUGACAAGCCUCCUCUUGAUUCUAUCAUAUCUUUGGUUAUGUUGCUCCUUCUUUCUUUGAAUUUAUACAUAAGGUCGUUUUUAAUAUUGAUCCUUGAUUAUAUAUAGAUAUGUUGAUCUAGAUCAUUAUAUUACAUUGAUUUUUUUUUUUUGUAAAAGCUUCUGUAACCUUUGGUAAUUUUCCUAGCUCCUCUAUCGUGUAGAAACGUUGACUAGUGCGAUGUUUUGAUGUUUCGUCUUCUAGAAAAGGUUAAACACAAAGAAAAAGAGAAGGUCCCAGAAUUCCCAAAAGGUAACAGUUUUUUUACUUUGACAACGUAGUAAUAGGGAGAAAGGAGAAGCAUCUUGUUUUGGAGUCUACGAUGUUAUUAUGAUGUUACCUUAGAGCAUCAGUAUCGGGCGUCCUUAUGGACGUCCUUAUUAAUUUAGGCCCAAAAAGAAAAUGAAAAAGGGAGUUAAUUGUUAAGGAUUGUGUAAGUCCCAUAAUAGGAAGUUUGUGGGCUCGUCCUGGGCUCGUCCUUCGUCAUACGUGGCGAAAAAAGAUUGGAGAAGUGCGGUAUAGGACAACACACGGUUUCGUCUCAUCACAACUCUCUCUCUUUCUCUCCUUCUCUCACGAAACUCUCUCGACGGCGAUAAAGGUAGAUGGCGAUCCUCCCCUGAUUUGAAGAGCCGAUCGAUUAUUUCGCGAUCUCGAGACCGAUAUAUUGUCCGACCGAAAGCUUCUCCGCCGAUUAGAAUCAGAAAGGUUAUGGGUUUGGAUUAUAGCUACACGCAGCCGUCUGAUUCGGAGGAUUAUGGUUUACGGAACUCAGCAGACAGUGGAAACAGCUCGACAGAAAUGAAUAUCAUGCUAGACCAAGCAGAGAUCGAAGCCGCGCAGAAUCAGUACCCUCUGCAGCCUGAAGUGGAGUUUGGCUUCCCCAAGGAAUGCUACUGUGGCCGCGAGCCGCUUUUAGCUACUUCUUACACAAGAAAUGACCCGGGGAGAAGGUUCUACACCUGUGACAACAUCGACGACGGAGACUGCCAUGUAUACAAGUGGUGGGAUGUCGCGGUUACAGAGGAGAUCAAAGCCUUAGGUACACAGUAUGCUCAGCUUUCUGAUAAGGUAGAUUACCUUUUGUUUCUAAGUGACGACGACACCCAUAUGCGCGAGUUUAAGGAUCUGCAGUUUGAUUUAGAGCAGAAGUUGUUAAGGGCUGAGAGAAUUGGUUGUGACUUAGCGAGAAAUACAUCUAGGUUAUUCAGAAUUGCUUGUGUUAUGGUUGUUGUCUUAGUGCUAAUAGGCAUUGGACUAGCUGCUCGUAUGUAGGUUUUAUGGUUCUUGUUGUAGGUGUUACUCAUGUGUUUUUUAAGUGGAACUGAGCAAGGAUUUACUCAUGUGUUUUGUAAUAUGCACUUCUGAAUUCGUAUUUUAAUAUGAACUCUUGUAGUUCUACCUGCUCGUUUUGUAAUUUUAAUGUGAUAUCGUAUUCUAUUAUCAACCAAACAAGAAAGUAUAAUUGUUUCUUUCAUCACCAACCAAUGAAAACGAAUCAAUCACAUGUAUCUCCAACACGCUUUUCUUAAUAACCCGUGAAUACAUCCUCCAUCAAAAGUCUUUCUUUCUUUCAUCACCAACCAAAGAAAAGUAUCACACAUCUAAAUCACAACCUCACGGACUUUCACACGGGUCUUGUUUCUUUCUCAAAUUCAUUUCUAUAAAUAUGAGCUUCUCUUGUGUUUACAAAUACAUAAAUCUUUCCUCUCCUUAUUUCCUUAACAAUUACACUAUUUCUCCCUUCUCGAUAUAUUUAUAAUGGCAUCUUCAUCCCAUUAUCAUUACCACAAAGAUGAUGAUGAUGAUAUUGAUCUUGAUACCCCUUUUGAAGAUUUUUUUAAUAACUAUGCUCCUAUUCCAGAACCAAAAGAGAGAAAAAAACGUAUUGUGAUAGAGAGAAACUGGGAAGAAGGCCACAACCACCUUUGGAAUGAUUAUUUUAGCGAGAAUCCAACAUACUCUUGCAGUUUAUUCCGGCGACGGUUUCGAAUGAACAAAUCUUUGUUCCAGCGUAUUGUGCAUCGUCUCUCCACAGAAAUACAGUAUUUUCAACAAUCAGAAGAUGCAACCGGACGGUCGAGUCUAACUCCGCUCCAAAAAUGUACCGCAGCAAUUCGACAAUUGGCAUACGGUGGUGCGGCUGAUACAGUAGACGAAUAUGUCCGAAUUGGUGAAACAAUAGCUCGAAAAUGUUUGCACAAUUUUGCCGCGGGAAUAAUCACCUUGUUUGGCGAUGAAUACCUAAGACGGCCCACACCGGAGGAUCUAGAAAGACUACUACAUAUCGGAGAAGAACGUGGAUUUCCGGGGAUGAUUGGAAGCAUCGAAUGUAUGCAUUGGGAGUGGAAGAAUUGCCCCACCGCUUGGAAAGGAAUGUAUUCACGGGGAACCGGAAAACCAACAAUUGUGUUGGAGGCGGUAGCUUCCUAUGACCUCUGGAUAUGGCACGCAUUUUUUGGAGCUCCAGGUACUAUGAACGAUCUUAAUAUUCUUGAUCGAUCACCUGUUUUUGAUGACGUUAUUAACGGCAUCGCGCCACAAGUAAUCUUCUAUGUUAAUGGUAAUCCAUACCAUUACGCAUAUUAUCUCAUGGAUGGUAUUUAUCCGAAAUGGACGACUUUUAUUCAAUCUAUCCGACUACCACAAACUCAGAAGCAUUCAUUAUUUACUCAAACCCAAGAAUCAGUUCGAAAAGAUGUUGAGCGUGCCUUCGGAGUCCUGCAAGCUAGAUUUGCCGUUGUCAGAAAUUCGUCUAAGUUAUGGGAUAAAGAGAAAAUAGGAAUAUUAUGAGAGCAUGUAUCAU